GCGUACCUACUUGACUCGCACUCUUGCGAAGAACAGUCAGACGGGAUCACAGCCAUUCCUCAGAUAGAGGCAGAGCUCAGUAGUCCUUCUGAACGACAGGGCAAUAAAAUAGCCUGGACAUUCCGUACUAGUAUAUCGUUGUUAUACACUUCUACUUGACCUCUACAACCUGUUUUAGGACAGACGCCUCCGCCUGUCACCCACGCCUCCUCCCACCGCUGGGAGACCGCCCACACCUCCUGGCCUCCCUCCACCUGGGUCCUGGAACUCCGCCGACCGACCGAACCCAGCUGCAGGCGAAGGAAGCACCACUAUUCUAUUCCUCGUUCGAACGGCAACCGAUACACAACCGGCAGGCGCGCGAGACGUAUGAAAAGGCAAAUCCGAACGUGUGGUCAUUCAUCUCUAAUUCUAGACUACCCUAUAUCUAUAAACGAAAUUAUCAACAUUUUUAGAAGACAAAAAGGCUUUCAAUUACAGAAAGCAGAACAGAAGCGGUAGUUAAUGUUUUGGAGCUUUGCAUCAUCUCGGUGUUUUCUCUAGCUGCGCUCAACUCAAACAGUUUCGUUCCAUCCAGAAUUCUGUCCACUGAAUGAAGAAUCUUUGCCACCCUGCGGUUUUCCUGGUCUGAAGUUCUGACGGACGGUUCUGACUUUGGAGCCGUAUUCUAAUAGACUGGACGGAGAAACAUUCGUCAUUCUAACAUAUCGGUUUUGCUGGUGUGUUCUGAAGUUCUGCCGGACGGUUCUGACUUUGGAGCCGUAUUCUAAUAGACUGGACGGAGAAACAUUCGUCAUUCUAACAUAUCGGUUUUGCUGGUGUGUUCUGAAGUUCUGCCGGACGGUUCUGACUUUGGAGCCGUAUUCUAAUAGACUGGACGGAGAAACAUUCGUCGUUCUAACAUAUCGAGUGGACGAGUCAGAGACUGGCUGGAAAUUAUUAUUUUGCCCUCAACACCGUAACGCAUGGUGGGAGUUUCUGCCUCUUUUCAGUAUCACACUGAGAAGUGCUCCACUAUGCCCGACUCACCUGUGGAUGUGAAAACACAAUCCAGAUUAACUCCAACCACCAUGCCUCCUCCUCCUCCAACCACCCAGGGAGCCCCUCGAACCAGCUCAUUCACACCUACUACAUUAACCAACGGCAACAACAGCCACUCCCCCAUGGCGUUAAAUGGAGCUCCCUCGCCACCCAACGGCUUCAGCAACGGGCCUAGCUCCUCCUCAUCUUCCUCGCUGGCCAAUCAGCUGCUCCCUCUUGCGUGCGGCGCCCGGCAGCUCAGCAAGCUGAAACGCUUCCUCACAACUCUACAGCAGUUCGGCAACGACAUCUCGCCCGAGAUCGGAGAACGCGUCCGCAUGCUGGUGCUGGGGCUGGUGAAUUCCACGUUGACUAUAGAGGAAUUCCACUCCAAGCUCCAAGAAGCGACCAACUUCCCGCUCCGACCCUUCGUCAUCCCGUUCCUGAAGGCCAACCUGCCACUCCUACAGCGGGAGCUGCUGCACUGUGCCCGUCUGGCCAAGCAGAACCCAGCUCAGUACCUGGCACAACACGAACAGCUCCUCCUGGACACCUCCUCCACCACCUCCCCCGUCGACUCCUCAGAACUACUCCUAGACCUCAACGACAACGGCAAGAGGAGAACACCUGACAGAACCAAAGUGAACGGCUUUGACAGGGAUGGCCCCCUGCACCUGGAGACCUCCAGUAAGAGACCCUGUACGAUCAGCCCGGCAGGCCAACGGUUCAGCCCCUCCAACGGUCUCUCCUAUCAACCUAACGGCCUGGCCCAUGGACACCCCACGCCUCCCCCGCCCCCACAGCACUACCGGCUGGACGACAUGGCCAUCACAAACCAUUACAGAGACUCACCACACUACCGCCACCCCAACCACAACCACCGCGAGCUCAGGGAGAGACCACGACCACUGGGAAUGCACGGGGCUCGUCAGGAAGAGGUGAUCGACCACCGGUUGACAGACAGAGAAUGGGGGGAGGAAUGGAAGCACCUUGACCAUCUGCUGAACUGCAUCAUGGACAUGGUGGAGAAGACGAGGCGUUCUCUCACCGUGCUGCGGCGUUGCCAGGAGGCCGACAGGGAGGAGCUUAACUACUGGAUCAGACGAUACAGCGAUGCGGACGACCUGAAAAAAGGAGCCAGCAGGACCCAGAGCAGACAGCACAGUCCUACAGGACAGGACGACCUCACUACAGAGAUUCUCCAUAGACCAGUGACGACCGGAUACGUACCUGAAGAAAUCUGGAAGAAAGCUGAAGAGGCUGUGAACGAGGUGAAGCGCCAGGCCAUGUCAGAGCUCCAGAAGGCGGUGUCAGAGGCAGAGAGGAAGGCCCAUGAGAUGAUAAGCACUGAACGGUCCAAGAUGGAGCGUACGGUGGCAGAGGAGAGACAGGCAGCGGAGGAUGCACUGACUGUCAUCAACCAGCAGGAGGACUCCAGCGAGAGUUGUUGGAACUGCGGGCGGAAGGCGAGCGAGACCUGCAGUGGCUGUAACACGGCGCGCUACUGCGGCUCCUUCUGCCAGCACAAAGACUGGGAGAAACACCACCAUGUGUGUGGACAGACUCUCCAGGCCUCCCAGGCUACUCAGCAGCAGCAGGGUACAGAGACCUCCACUACACCCUCUAGUAGAGCAGGCAGCCCAGCCGGAACCCCACCUGCCACCACACCCCGCUCCGCCACUCCAAGAACCCCCUCUACGCUGGAAACCACGCCGCACUAAACGGGAGCCACCCGGGGAGCCAUCGGAGACUCCCAGUAGCCCAACAUGACUGACUCACUUCAUGCUAAAUGCUAACGCGCUAACGCUACUUAUGUUGGAGUAGUGGAGGUCCCACACAACACAGGAGGUUUAUACAUGUAGAUCAGUCACAUUGACUUGUCAUGAUUAACUAAGAACACAAAGAUAUUAUUAUUAUUAUUACUAUUGCUGUUUGUUGUUGUUGAUGAUUGUUGACGUUGUCUUGUUUCCUGUAAAUAUGAAUCAUAGAAAGCAAACAGAACCAACAGCGAUGACAUCACAUAUACGGACCUCCCCUUGGUGUUCAGUUCCACUUCCUAAAUGUGUUGUUGUUUACCUGGGAUGUAAUAUGAAACUAGCUGACCUCAGACACCAAACAACAUACCAAUGGAAUAGUACUACAACACAAACACUGUGGGAAAAGCAGACGCCAACUCUCUUAUUAUGGGAAGACCACAAAUACAAAGAACAGAGGGACAGACAGACAGACAGACAGACAGACAGACAGACAGACAGACAGACAGACAGACAGACAGACAGACAGACAGACAGACA